CUAGUGAACAUGGCGUCUGUGACUACAGCCACCUCAGAGUGGAUUCAGUUCUUCAAGGAUGCUGGGAUCCCUGCUGGUCUGGCUGUCACAUAUGCUGUUUCCUUUGUGGACAACAGAAUUCAGAAGAACAUGCUAAUGGACCUCAGUAAGGAGAUCAUGAUGGACCUGGGCAUCACUGUCAUUGGUGACAUUAUUGCCAUUUUAAAACAUGCCAAAGUGGUUUACAGGCAGGACAUGUGCAAAAUGGCCACUGAGGCCAUCUCCUCAGGGCAGACAAGUGUUCAGGCUGAACUUAGAAGAACCGCCAAUACGCCCGCUACUCGCAUGAUUGCCAACGCCCUGAGCCGUGACUCCCCACCAAGCACUCCAGUCCGCCACACAGACAACCGCCUCUCAGUCACAGUGUCCAACAAACAGGCAAACAAGGGUGGCAAAGCAGUUGUAAUUCAGCCAGCAGAUGAGGGGAACGGCUUGCCGGUGGUGAAGCGUAGACGGGUGACAGCAGAGAUGGAAGGCAAGUACAUCAUCAAUAUGCCCAAAGGCACCACGGCACGCACACGUCGCAUCCUGGCCCAGCAGGCCACGAAAGGUAUGAAGAGGACCUCGGUGUUUGAUAGGCUCGGAGCUGAAUCAAGGGCAGACACAACAACAGUCAACAGCAAGCAGCCCACGGGUGUGUUCAGUCGCUUGGGCAGAGCAGAUGAGGAGGAAGACGAGCCGAGAGCAGGAGAUACGGUUGGAAUUGAUCUGGCUGUUGGGGAGGAGGAUGACAGCGAUGGAGAGGGCUCUGUCCUCCAGUAUGCAGGCAUCCUGAAGAAACCUGCCAUCUCCCAGAAGAAAGAACCCAUCCCGAGAUCAGUGCCAACCACCUUACGGCGCCUGGGUGGCAAAUUCAAGCUACCCUCCUCUGACUCCCCCACCUCCUCCUCCACCACCCCUGAUGGCCUCCCUCCUGCCAAGCUCAGUGUGCUUCAGAGACUGGGCAAAGUCCCUGCCACGCACCAAGGCAUCACUACACCCCUACAAUCAGCUGACACGCAGGACAACAGGGUGACCAGCACCAGGCCAAAAGCCCUGGCCAGACCAAACCUGGCCAGCUCCAGGGUUAGUAGCAGCACUGGGACCGGAGGGAGUGGGGAGUGCCUUGGGGCUCAGAUGGAUGUUGGUUCUGUCAGUGUCUUCAAGAGACUGGGCAACAAGAAGACCUAGCACAUGUAUACUGGUUACGCCACCCAAGAAAAUAUUAAGACUGUUUCUACACAUCCCGCGUUUUACUUUUUUUUUCCAAGUAAUUUGUCACUAACCUUUUGAGACUUACACAGAACAUUGUAUGACAACCUGACUGUAUGUUUUGUAUUUUUAAAAACAUACACGACACGGGAAGCCUAUAUGAAAAGCUUUGGUAAGGCAGCCUGGUUUAAAGGUUUGUUUGUUUUGUAAGAAGUGUUUGAGACAUUUUUUUAGGGGUCCAAGCAGCGAUAGCUGUGGGAACCCUAUUGUGUUUCUAAGGAUUAUUAUUGUUGUUGUUUCCGCAGGGCGCCACAAUACGCGGAGUUACGUUUUGGGUCAUAUCUCGGGCUCUGUAUUGAAUUUUUGAGAAAUUCCCCCCCCCCCCCCAAUUCCUUGGAAGCUCCCGAAUCUAACGCCUGCCAAAUGUCCCGCCAUUUAAAAAAAAAAACGGAAGCGCAAGUAAAAUGAACUAGUCUGAGGCUGUUCAUCCGAUUCGAGUGACAUUUUGUAUGCGUCAUCUCCAGACAACGCUGAUAAAAAGGUUGUGAAAAGAAUUUUGAUAUGUCAUUCCAUUUCGCAGUAACAUGUCAAUCAAAAUUUAAGGUGUGGCCCAUAGUGAUUCUAUUGCCUAUAUCUAGUGAUGUGAUUGUCCAAACAUAACGAAACUUGUCACGCACAAUCGCCACAACAUUCUUUGGAAGCACGCCACAUUUUGUGAAAUUUCUUCCAUAGGGGGCGCUACAACUGACACAUGUCAAUAUCUCAAAAACCGCUCGAGCUAAAAAUCUGAAAUUUGGUAUACUUGGACCCAUUUGGCUGCAUUGCCUAAAUUGCCGAUUGGCUGGAUUACCAAAAUGGCUGCAAAACAGCCAAUCAGAAUUCAGUAGCUAAUAUUUGCUAGUGUGAAUGGCCUAUCGUCAUGAAACUUGACAGGCUUAUUCUUUGUGGCACACAGAAGCCAUGUACCAAAUAUGAAACAGACUGGACAUGUGGGCGCUGCAAUAAGCACAGUUAUGUUUUGGGUCAUAUCUCGGGCUCUGUAUGGAAUAUUUGAGACAUUCUUUUCUCCUCUGAUUCCUUGAAAGCUCCCGAAUCUAGCACACCCAUUACCGCCAAUUUCCGCCUGCAAAAUUGUCAACUGUAAUACUGCUUGGACCCUGUUAAUCGCCACUUGCGGCUAAUUUUUUUUUUUUUUUUUAGUUUCUUUUAGUUACUUAAGUCAUGCUGCCAAAUAAAGACCAGUCACCUCACAGUGGCAUCGAAACUCAAUAUUCAGUUCAGGCUUCUUCAGGAACAAAAGCUCUUGACCUCCAUUUAUUUUAGCCUAUCACAACAUGCACAUAUCUCCACGCACUUGUUGUGUUUUUACUCGUUUCAUUAUUUUAGUACUCUUAAGGCAUGGGCAUGCAUUCUUUAAGCCAUAGUUUACUCGGACCCCAUAACUCUCAUACACUGGGAGUGUUGUGUAUACUUGGUCCACUAAGUAUACCAAAGCUCUCCCUUCCUUUCACAGCGCUCCUGAAUGCAAAUUAUCAAUUUGAAGAAUUUCUUUGGUCCAGAAUGCAUGACGAGGACGACAACACUGAUAACUGUAUGAAAGACAGUUAUUUGUAGAAAGUGUGACGUGAAAGUUUUAAAGGUUUGGACUUUUCUUUUUUUCUGUAUUGUAAAACCUCAGACACAGCUUGCCUAUCGACACCGGGGGGGACGAGCUGCACACAAAGCACAGCACGCAGCUACACGGUUAUAGACCCAAGUCCAGUCUUUGUUUGCGUUUGCUGCUCGCCAUGUUCUGCUGUCCCCCUUUACCACCUCUAGCAGAUUCAGUGAGAUGGGUGAAGGAGAAUAUAAGAGCCGCUUCCUUGGGAAGGGAUCUGAAUUUGGACCGGACUGAAAAGAAAAGGGAAACGGCUGUGACGCACAGAGCAACCUCGCAGAGCAACACUUGAAUCGAAAAGAAAAAAACCAACAAAGGGACCGCACAACCUCGUUUCCUGCGCUCAUGGGGACAGUAAAGUUCACCCUUCUUCAUGCCACGCUUUGGCUGCUCUACCACAGUACUAGACAUUUUGUACCACCACCUGGUGAGAAACGGAGCGGGGGGUUAUGGUUUUUACUGAAAUGCUAUUUAUAUAUUUGGUAGACCUUAUUUCAAAGAGGAAAGCUUUUAUCCGUAUAUUUCUAUGUGUGAGUGGACGUUGUGUUGUGUACCCAUUUGGAGGCCGUUCAACCCCACGGGGCCUGGUGGACGGGGCGUUUUACUAAGGGAGCAGUAGAAAUCAUUAGAGAUCAUGAGAGACCUGUGUUAUGUUUGUCUGUGAAACCUCACACCGCAACUUUGUUACACUGCACAGUUUUUGAGGAUGACUAACGAUGACAAAAAAAAACCCACCCCACAGUACACCGCUGUGGUUUCUGAGAUGUUGCGGAACACAAGCACCGCUUGGACAACGUGUACUUGAUGUUGUAAUUAAAAAGAGAAA